GAGCGGAGAACAAACCAAACAUCGUCGGCAAAAGCCGCUGCAGUUGAGUGGAAAAAGUUUACUAAUUUUGAUCGAAGCAGUCGAGAGGAAGUUAAAUUUCGGUUCGUAAAGGAAGUGACUUUGUUUGGAGAUUUAAAAAUUGAUAAAAUUGAGUGAUUUUCCGGUGGAAAAGUGAGUAAAAUUGUAGAUUUACGUCGAAGGAAAACUUCGCUUCUUGAAAAGCCCACAUCCCGAACCAGGUUCCUGCGGAGCAGAUUCUAAAGAUUUGAACAACCUUUUUGCGAGUGACACACCCGAGCGACCAGCAGAAGGAACAGAGGACACGCACGCACGCAGCGCAGAAUGGCGGAAGACCAGAGUGAGACGGUGGCGGCGGCGGCGACGGCCACGGCCCCAGCAGCAGCCCCAGAAUCUCCGCUUCCACCGGUGGAGGACAAACCGAAAGAGAUCACCAAGCGCACCUUCCGGCUCGAGACAUGGCAGAAGAUCAAGGAGCAGAAGCUGUCGCCGGUGCGGCGGUUCAACUCGUUUGGCAUGUUCAACAAGAUCCCGUACCUGGUCGGCGUGGACAAGGCGGCCGAGCUGCUCGCCGAGACGGACGAGUUUAAGAAAGCAAACUCGAUCAAGGUGAACAUCGACCUCGCCCAGGAGCAGGUCAAGCUCGAGGUGAUCAAGGCGGGCAAAACGCUGCUGGUGCCGCCCUCGCACAAGUCCGCCAACGUGUACGCCAAGAUCAAGGCGCCGGCCGACACGGCCGAGCUGGACCUGGCCGCGCAGAAGAAGCUGAUCAAGCUGCAGGCGGCGGAGGACACGUUCGACGAGAUUGACAUCAACAGCACCGAGAAGAUUGACAUGGUUGUCGUUGGGUCGUACGCGGUGGAUCGGCAGGGUCGUCGCAUCGGCAAGGGCAAUGGCUACGUGGAUUUGGACGUGGGGAUUUUGACGCACCUGGGGUGUUUGACGAAGGACACGCUGAUUGUGACGACGGUGCACGAUGUGCAGGUUUACGACGCGCUGCCGGAGAAUCUGUUCCAGAGCUAUGACUUGCCGCUGGAUUUGAUUGUGACGCCGACGGAGGUGAUUCGGGUUGGGAAGCGGUUGGGGCGUCCGGCGGGGAUCGAGUGGAACCUGCUGUCGUCGCGUCGGCUGGAGAUUGUGCCUGUGCUGAAGAGCAUCAAGGAGAAGCUGGAGGGGGAGGGCAAGGUGGUGGAGCUGAAGUCGGAGGAUACGGAUGUGGAGAGUUAUCGGCAGAAGGCUCGGCGCCGGUCGUUCCGGGGUGGAAAGGAGCCGGGUCAGCGACGCCGCAGGCGGUCGGAUCGUCGUACGAGCGAGAAGCAGCAGAAUGGAGGCGGUGGGGAGAGUCAUGAUGAGGGUGGUGAGCGGACGGACGGGGAGGCGGGUGAGGGUGGCAAGCAGCGCCGUAGACCACGCCGUCCGAACCGUCGGCUGCGACGAUCGGGCAAGGGUGAGGGAGAGAGUGGAGCGGAGAAGUCCGAGGCUGAGGGUGGAGAUGGUGGGGAUGGUGAUGGCAAGAAGGUUGGAGGUCGGGGAGAGCGACGCCGCCGGGAGCCGAAGCCGCGCAGUGAGCGAAAGGGCAAGUCGGACUGGGAUCUGUGCAUUCGCGUGUCGAACAUCAACCGGUCGAUGCGGAUCAAGGAGUUGAAGCAGGUGCUGCGCGUGCGUGACCUGAACCCGAUGUUCAUCAAGUGGAACGGAUUCCACGGCAAGUGUUACCUGCACUUCCCGAAGAAGCCGGACAUGAACGACGACGAUGCGGGGGCGGAGCUGCUGAAGCAGCUGGAGAAUCUGACGGUGACGGUGACGCCCCGUGAAAAGGACGGCGGUGGCGAGCCGAAGGAGGUGACGCUCACCUGCGAGCUGAUGAAGCGCAAGGAAGGCGGCGGCGCCGCGGACACCCCGGCCACCAACGGAACCGUGCUCGAGGGCAGCCGGAUCGAAACGACCGACGUGACGGCCGUCUAAAGCGCGAACGGAUCUGCCGUUUCCGGGUCUUUGCGUCGUGACCCCCCGCGCGGCUCUCUGUGUCGUGGACACACACACACGCACGUGUUUCGAGAUGUUAUUUUAAGGAAGGAGAAACCCCCCGCCGCCACAGCCGCUACUACUAAUGAACAAGAGAAAGAGAGAGAGAGUGUGAGAGCGAGAUCGCUUGCCGCGUCGUACACAAAUUUUCGAAAGCGAUUUCCCGCCGCCCCACACCAGUCAGAGUUACAAACGCGUUCUUCUUAAAUGUCAAAAUAUGAAUUUCGAACGAGCCAGAACAAACGAAGCAACAACAAAAUCAAGUGAUGGCGCUCGUGCGAGCUACUUCCGGACCGGAAGUAGCGAGAAACGUCGCCACUGCGCGCGCGCGCGCACUCUAUGGACGUUUUUCCGGGGGAUUUGGGACACCCCUCGUCGUCGCCCCCCCUGGGACUCUGUGCCCCCUCUGCGAGGAGGCAGACUCAGCGAGAGAGAGAGAUAUUGUUAUUUUUUUCUUUUCUUUUUGUUACUAACAGAUUAGGACGAGAUGAUAUUGCAGGAGAGAGAGAUUAUUUAUUAUUACUAUGUUGUACCUUUUUCCACCCCCCCGACCGACCUUCCAAUAUCUCAAACACAAACACGCGCGCGCGAAAAUCUUACAAAUAAUUUAAUUUUUCUUCUCCAAUUGGUACAAAUCAAACCGACAGUGUUUGAGCAUCGAGAAAGCCGCCAACGAGUGCGUCCAGAUUCGACAACUUUUUUGAAUUAUUACUACUUUUUUUCCUGCUAUAGAGAGACAGCGAGAGAGGGACAAUUUCACCGCGAGAAUUAUUGUGAAGUUAGCUUGUUGUUUUGGAAUCCGCGAGAUCGAGAAAGAUAGUUGAAGCAAUUUAAAUCAACAUUUCGACACCGAAUUUGACGCCCUGAAACUGAUUUUGCACAUUAAACAAAAAAACGCAAGAUUAAAAGCCAAUUGUGGUGCGUGAACUGUGAUGGUAUUCAUUUACGACGAGAAAUCCGUGCGCCGCCGACCCCCCAUCAAAUUUGUUCAGUUCAGUCCAGCAGCAAUCCGUAUUGAUUUCAGAACAAAGCUGCGUGUUAAAAGAGAAAGUUCUCGCGUUCGCGAAGAUGUAUCUCGGUGAACCACGUUCCGCGAUGCUACGAAGAAGUAAUACAAGUAAAAAACUAUGUGAAAUUACGAGAGAAAAGAGUGGGUGAUUUAUAAACAGGAAUUUGCCACAGCAAACCGGUUGCGCGCAAUUCCACCGUAGAAGCUCUGAUUCGAGAGGAACAUAAAAAACAUUUGAAAGUUCUUGAACCAGUCGAGAGAAAUACAACAGUUAAAAGCUUACCGUUUUCCCCCCAGUGAAAAAAAAAGAGGAAAAAGUGAAGGCUUGUCUGUCGCGAAAGCGAAAAGAAGAAAAAAAGAAGCGAAAUUACAUUGAAAUAAAAUAAUACACACACAAAACACUACAAAAAUCUAACAAUUAGUUUAUGGUUGGUAAUACAUGUAAGGAAAUCGUGGCGGAUCGUGGGUUGGGGCGCUUUGCCUGAUUUGAAUAAAAAUAAAAGGGGAAAUCAUUUGAGUGAAUUUGAGACUUUGUGAAACCACCAGAAUAACAUUGGUUAUGGACAUGACCAGAAUGGCAAAGAACUUUACAGAAAAAAAGAAAAUUUGAAGUUGUGGUCUGCUUCAAGGAGGUUCUUUCUUCCAUUGAAAUCCGUGCAAAAUGUGGCUUCACUUGACCCCCAAAUUGCAAAUUGUAUUUAAAAAAAUAAACCUUUUUUUGGGACAAAAAUGUUUUUAUUUCUCAAAAUUAAGAUUGAAUUUGCUUGAAAAUUAUUAAAAUAUUAUAUUUUCUCCAAUUGUUACAUUUUUUGUAUUUCAAGUUGAUAAGAACAACGUGAAUGGCGAAUUUGUUUUUGUUUUACAUCAUUUUUUUCAAAUUUAUAAGAUUUUAAUGUUUUAAACAUAGUACGUUAAAAUUGGAAAUUUUCUUAUUUUCUCAAAUUAGCUGUUUUGAAAAAUCAUGUAAAAUUCAGCUUCGUUUGCAAAUCAUGAUAUUUCUGUAUUUUCUUUCAAAUUCUUAGGUGUUUAAAAUCUAAAGUGCUAAUAAGGUCUAAAGUUUUCUAAUUCUGAAGUCUAAAAUAUUAAAAUUCUGUAAAAAAAUAUUUUUAACUUCAAUAUUGAAAAAAAAAAAAUAAAAUAAGAUAAAAUCCCAAAACUAAAAAAAAAAAUUAAAAAAUUUUAAAUUUGUAUUGUUCGAAAAAAAAUUAUUGUUUAAAUUACAUUGAUUAAAACAAUACAAAAUUUGCCAAAAUAAGUAUUAAAACAAAUAUAAAGUGCGGUACUUAAUAAAAAAAAUCCAAAUUCAGAAAUUUGAAAAAACCUAAAUUUAGAAAAUGAAAAAUUUGAUUAAUUCUAAAAUUUUAAACAAAAUAAAAAAAAAUGUAAAAUUAAAAAAAUAUUAAUUGUGUAAUCAGUUUGCUAAAUUUAAAAAAAAAUCAAUUUAUGCGUUCUAAAAUUUAAAGAUUUCAAAAUAUAAAAACUCCUAAAUUUAUUUUUUUUUCAAAAGUGUUAAAUUCAAAAAAAAAAAAUUUCUAAAAUUGCAAUACAAAAAAAGAUAAUAUUAAACUUUUUAAAUCAUUAAAAAUAUCAAUUUUAUAUUGUUUGAAUGACCAAAUUGUUUAAAAAAUCUUAAAAAUAAAAAAACUAAUCUUCAAAAAAUGCUAAAAUCUUUAAAAAAAAUUCUAAAUUUGAUAAAAUCAAAAUAACAAAAAUGUAAAAUUUUCAAAGUCUACAGAAUCAAAAAAUAUAAUAUUUCAAACUUCAAAAAUUUUUGUUUUUUUAAAGUACCUAUAAAAUAUUGUCUAUCAUAUGUUUAUAGGACCCUUAAAAAAAACUCUACAAUUGCUAAGUUAAUUAAAAAUUUUUAAAAAUGUAUUAAUGUAGAAGUUCUUAAAUUAACGAAUUCUUCAACUUAAAAAUUUUAGAUCUGAAAUUUUUUUAACAUUAGAACUUGCUAAACAUGAAUAUUCUUCAAUUUAUGCGUUUAAUUUUUUGAUUUAAAAACUAAAAUUUCAAUUUACAAAAUUGCAAAUAAAAAAAAUGGAAAAAAAUAAAUCAUGAAAAUGAUAUCAAUAUUCUAUUGGUAGAAAAUCAUUUUUUUAACUAUAAAAAUAAACAAUUUUAUUAUUUGUGUAAAGUGCGUUUAUUCAAAAAUGCACAAAUCUUUUUAAAAAAUUCUAAAAAUUAUAAAACAAAAAUUAUUUUUAAUGUUUUCAAAGCCAACAGAAUCUAGAAAUUAAUUUUUUGAAGCAUCAAUAAUUGUUAAAUUCAACAAAUAUUUUUUUAAAUUUAGAAUGUCUUAAAUUUAUAAAUUUUAAAAUUUCAGAACUUAUUAAAUUUUAAAACUCUUAAAUUUAUUAAACCUAAAAUUAAAAAAAUAUAGUCUCUGUAUUAAAAAAAGGUCUUAAAUAUAUAAAUUCUUAAAUUUAAAAAUUUUAGAAUAAAAAAAUUAAAACUUGAAAGUUUUUUUUUUAAAUUUAAAAUUUCUUAAAUUUAUUAAUCAUUAAAUUUAAAAAAUGUUAAGUCUGAUCUAAAAAAAUUGAAGAAGAUGGUCGUAAUUUUGUAAAUUCCAAAAUUUCAAAAUUUAAAAACUUGAAAAUUUCUUAAAUUUUAAAACUUUUAAAUUUAUUAAUUCUAAAAAUUAAAAAAAUAUUUCUAAAUUUGAAAAAAUUAAAUGUUUAAAAUUCUUGAACUCCAAUAUUCAAAAUGUUCAAAAUUAUGCAAAAUAAAAAUAAAAUGUCGAAGCUUUAAAUUUGAAUUUUUAAGUGUUUUUUUUUUGUUGUUAAUUGCUUGCUUUUUAGUUGUUGUUAAUUGCUUGAAAAAAUAUAAAACAUAAUAUCUAUAAAUAAGAAAAGGUGGCAUUUCAAAAUUUUUAAAAUUUAUAUUUCUGAAAUUAAAAAAAAAAAAUAAUUCUAGUAUUCAAAACAGAAUCAUAAAUUAUAAAAUUCUCAAAUUGUUAAAUAACAAAAAAAAUAAGAUAAUUCUGAAAUUCUUAAAUUCAUGAAAUAUUUUAAUUUCAGAUUCAUAAAAUUGAAAAAAAAACUGAAAUUUUUGAAAACUAUUAAAUUUAAUAAUUGAACAUUCUGAAUUUUCUAAGGUUUAAAAAUCAAUAAAAUGGAAAUUUUAGAUUUCAAAAUUUGAGAUCUAACAUAAUAUGAAAACUUAAACUAUUCGCAUAAUUUGUUAUUGCAUUUUUUUUAAUUCGUAGAUUCAAAUUAAAAAAUCUGAGAUUUGAAAAAUGCAAAAAAAUAUUUGAAAUUUUAGAUUUUUAGGUCACGUUUUUUUAAAUUUUAUUUUUGAAAUUUCAAAUGUUUAAACCUUAAAUUUUAUUUUGUUGAUUCCUUCUUUAGAAUAUUCAACAAUAGAAAUUUUUAAAAUAUUUUGAUGAGGAGAAAAUAACUUCAAAUAACAUUUGUUUUACCUGUCAAACUGGAAAAUUUCCCCCUUAAAACAAGGUUCUUUGCCGGCAAACUGUAACAAACAUGGUGACGACUCAAGUGAUUUCCCCGCCGAAACCCGAUCAAGCCGGUAGAUUCUAAGAUAUUAAAAAGGAUGCCGUCGACUCUUCCCCCACGUCAGUGAAGGUACAUUUUUGGUGAAAAGUCGAGCGCGCGUCCAGAGAAAAGAGCCGAUUUACUAAUUAUAUAGUUCACCCUUAAUAUCACACCAACACACUAAUUCACCACACUCUCUGUAAAAGGCGAUUGUUUUUGUCCCCGGUUUUUCCUUCCCACAAAAAAAGAAUAAAAAAAUAAUGUUUGUAGUAGCUUGAACACGAACCCUUUCGGGAUCGAUUUAGAAAUAAGCAAUAUAAUGAAACGACGACGACUAAGAAUUUAACAUUGCUUGCUAAAUAAGAGAAAAAUCCAGAAAAUAAGCGAAAGGCGUUUGGUUCCUGAACAAGGAACACGAAAAAGAAGCUAAAGAAUAAAUAUUUAAAUAAUCCCUUCAAACACACACUCACACGAAAAACUUUUGAGACAUUAACAAAAACAAGUAAAACGCUAACAAAUGGUUUUCUUCGCGAAAAAAAGCUAGAAAGAGAGCGAGCGAUAGGGCAAGAGAGAAACAACACUAAAACACAAACACUAGGCUAAGUGUAAGAGUGAAAAGGGUAAGCAGAAAGAGAAAGAAGAGAGAGAUGCAAAACUCUUCAAAUCAACAAAUGUUUAAUCAGAGUGUAAGUUUAUAGAAUUGCGCUAAGUACUCACACCGAACACUAGAGAAAGAAUCAAGAGAAACAAAAAUGAUGAGCAAAUAUGAUGUUUAGCAAGUGGAAAUCACACACACACCCUUACUCACACACAUACACGUACACGUAAACGCUCACUCUCUCUCCGAGAAGAAGAUUAAAGUGAGAGAGAGUGAGCAAGCAAAUAAAACGUAGGUUUAAAAGAGUCUUACAAAAUACAUCUUAAAUGCUAGAGAAAAGGAUAGUUAAGAGUUGAGGAAGCAGAAAGGGACGACCGCAAAAGGGAAAGGGAAGUUUUCCG